GGCAAAUGCAUGUUAGUGAACAGGUGACAGUGUGAAAAAGUGGGACUGCAAUUGUGACAACCUUUCUCGACAUAAGCAUUGCUGUUGUCGCUUAACUCAGGUACUUUAAAUGGGUAUUUCUAAAACCAGUUUUGAAGCCUCUUCUCUUGGGAUCGGCCAGAAGUAUGUCGGCAGAUGUCACUUCCAAGUAUAACUUUGAGACACUCAAGGUUACCCAGCCAAAGGAGUUUGUUACCCAAGUAGAAAUGAACAGACCAAAAAAGUUGAAUGCAAUGAACAAGGCAUUCUGGAGUGAGAUGCGAACGUGUUUUCAACAGCUGAACAGUGACAGUGAUUGUAGAGUUAUAGUUUUGUCUGGAGCUGGAAAAGUGUUCACAGCAGGUCUUGACCUCACUGACCUGGAUACAGUUGCUGUCAUGCAGUCAGACCUAGACCCUUCCCGGAAAGCCUUCAUGAUACGUGGGACUAUUGCUGAUUAUCAGGAAACAUUUACUGUUAUAGAAAAGUGUACUAAGCCAGUGAUAGCAGCAAUACACAACGCCUGUAUAGGUGGAGGGAUAGACAUGACAUCAGCCUGCGACAUCAGAUAUGCCACACAAGAUUCAUUUUUUCAAAUAAAGGAAGUUGACAUCGGCCUGGCAGCAGAUGUUGGAACUCUUCAAAGGUUUCCUAAAAUUGUUGGAAAUGAUAGUUUAGUGCGAGAGCUGAUAUACACAGCACGGAGAUUCCACAGCGAUGAAGCAAAAGAAAUGGGCUUUGUCAGUCGGAUCUUUCCAGACAAGGAGUCCAUGCUAACGGGAGCCAUGGACAUAGCAGAGAUCAUUGCCAGUAAGAGUCCUGUAGCAGUCCAAGGCAGCAAGGUGUCACUGGUGUUCUCCCGCGAUCACUCUGUUCGGGAAGGGCUGGAACAUGUGGCGGUCUGGAACCAGGGGAUGCUACAGAGUGAGGACGUAAUGAAGGCUGUAAUGGCUGGCAUGGAGAAAAAGACACCAAAGUUCUCUAAGUUAUAACGGAUCAUCUGACUGUGUGAACGUGUUGAUGUGUAGAAACAGCUCACAGGGCAAGCUAUGACAUGGAUCAAGUGUACAUAGUCUUCUUAUCCAUCCCUAUGGGACAAGGACAAGGUGUGCAUACAAUGCAGUACAGGUGUACUCAACACUUAGUGUACAGAAAUUGAUAGCCAGAAAGAUAGACAGACAUUGAGGUUAUACAAUUUUAUUGUAGCUGUCAAACCAGGUUAUUUUGCAGUUCUACAUAUCAGCUUGGUAGAAAUGGACCAAUUUCAUGAAGAGAAACAUGGUAUGACUGAAAUAGGAACAAAUGCUUUCCUUGUAAUAAACGUUGUAAAAUUUGAAAAGUACAUUGAUUGUUUCUGUUAUAAACCGAUACUCAGCAA